GCUCGGACUGUUGUGUUUUUUCGAGCCGUGUUCGGAUGAAACUGUGUUUGUCGUGUUUCCCGGACGAGGAGAUCAUGGUCGUUUCAUUAUUCCACACGCAGUCUUGAUGCCACUGAGGAGACGCCUGCAACCUGCCAUCGAUAACCUCAGGGUGGGAAAGGCUUGAAAACGACUUAAUAUCCACACAGAAAGUGACAGGAUACAAAAUACGGAAUGUGCAAACUUCAACGGCUAAAAGUCUAGAGGACCAAAGGACAGGAAAGGACAGGACUGUGGAGAGGGGGAGCUGGGGAUGGGGUUGGAGAGCCAAAAGAGGACGUCAUGGUUCACAGCGGCUCUGCUUCCCCAAUGAAAACAUCACCUACAGCGUCGCCUCAUUUAACUGCUCCUGCUACAGCACCUCCUCUGCAAGUGGCACCUCCCCAUGUGCCUCCCUCUAGAGAUACCUCUGGUCAGGGCCUAACACAGACCCCUGCAAAGCACCUCAGCACAGACCCUACCUCAAUCCGCCCCCCUCAGCCCUCCACCCCGACGCCUGCUGAUGCAGAACCUCCUGUUGUAACACCAGCACUUACAAGCAGCUCCAGCCCAGCCUCCUCCUGGUCCUCUACCCAGACAGCCACCCCUGCUCAGGGCCCGGUCAAUGGCCGUACCUCAGGCAGGAAGAGGACUCCUAAGGCCUGUGAUUGCUGCGGACCCAACAGUAAAGGACACAAUGUCAAAACCUAUGGCAGAGGCAGGGGGAGAGGGAGGGGAGCUGUCAAGGACCACUGGGACACCCCAAACAGAAAGGUGGGGGCCCAGCUGACACUUACCAAUAGCUCUGAUUUGACCAAGGAGAUGGGAGAGGAAGCAGAGGAUGAAAAUGACACGUACGAGAAGGUGCAAACAACUGAAAUAAUGGCUCAUACACCCACCCUCAAUGAUACACCCACCCUUCCCCCCCUGCCUGUCACAUCCCUGCAGGACGGAACAAUAAGGAACUGUGCUGCCCCACAGAAGUCAUGUACUCAGAAUAAUGAGGACAUGUUGAUAAAGGAGUCUGGGGUUUCUGGAGAAGGAGUGAAAGGAUGCGGGGUUAACAGAGAUGUGGAGAUGAGACUGUCGGGAACGCCAGCCAGGAGAGCGUUAGUAGUCCGAGGCAGAGGGAGGGGAAUGAUGACAGGCGCAAUGUUUGCAUCGAAAAUGAAAGUAGAAGUUAGAAUUAAGAGCCAAGGCGGCGGCUGUGUUGUCUCUGGUUCUAAAGUGGACGCCUCAGGUCAGUCGAUGGUAGCUCACAGUCUGGAGGAGAACAAAGACACACAGAUGGAUCACGGGGUGCAGACUCACCCCACCACGUUUAAAUCUCCGUUCUGUAAUGGGGACACAGUAAAUCUGACUGACUCGGAAUCUGAAGAAGAGGCUAAUUUGAUCAUGAGUGAACUGGGAAACGGACUGUCAUCCAAUUCAAGACAGUCCAGCCCUGCAUCACGGUCAGAUACGCCUCAGGAUAUUGACUCUGACGUGGACCAGGCUCUUGAUGGAGCAGACCACGGUUCCUUACCAGUAACUCUGUCUAAUGGAAACCACAGAUCCACACCUAUGGAAGUGGAAACCUCUCAGUGCCCUAUCACAGUGGACGCUGUGCAGCACCACUGGGCUUUAGGAGACCACAGGCUGUACUGUCAGGCGGGAACCUGGGAGAAGAAGCAGAUGGAAGAGGUGUCGGGGAAGGAUCUGUCAGAAGAAGCAGGGAUGGACGUGAAGAUGUCGAGUGAAGAAACUCUGGAGCGGCUCACUGACAUGGUCCAUGAUUUUCUGGAGAGCUUCUACAUAAAGUACGGCAGUUUCAUUCCUCUCACUGAGACCGAUGUCCUGGAACACCUGAAGAAGAACGACAAAUCGGACUUCAGCAAGUGGGGCCUGGACAUUAAACGGGAGAUGACUCGGUACAGGUCGGGUCUGGCCUCUGCUCCCGUCGCAGGCUUCAUGGUGAUGUAUAACAAACACUCCCUGGGCCUGGAGGACCUGGGGACUCUGGAAGAACAGAAUUGGCUUAAUGACCAGAUCAUCAACAUGUAUGGAGAACUCAUUAUGGAAGCAACCCAACACAAGGUUCAUUUUUUCAACAGCUUUUUUCAUAAGCAGCUUGUUGCCAAGGGUUACGAUGGUGUGAAGAGAUGGACCAAGAAAGUCGACCUCUUCUCCAAGUGGCUGCUGCUAAUUCCCAUUCAUUUAGAAAUCCACUGGUCUCUCGUCACGGUCACCAUGGCAACCAAAACCAUCAGUUACUACGACAGCCAGGGCAUCGUCUUCAGACACACCACAGACAACAUUAUGAAGUACCUCCAGUCUGAAGCCAGAGAGAAGGAACAGACGGCGUUUCAGAAAGGCUGGAAAAUUACUAUCAUCAAGGGAAUUCCUCAGCAGAGGAACGACAGCGACUGUGGAGUCUUUGUCCUGGAGUACUGCCGUCGCCUGUCAGUGAGGCAGCCGCUGCUGUUCAGUCAGGAGGACAUGCCGCUCAUCCGAAAGAGGAUCUACAAAGAAAUGUGUGACUGUCGCCUCAACGACUGAACGACCAAAUAACAUCCUCCUUCUCCUGCUGACGGCUUCUGAGACCUCCUGCACCAGUAUGGCAGGCGGCCAUUUUCACAGACAGCCUGUUACACAAGCUAACACGACCACGGCAGCCAUCUUCCAGUGAACUCGAGCGGCCCGUCGGCCCGUGUGACUGACAGCAGAGCGGCCGUCACUUGGGACCUUUGGUGAUGUUAAGAGUUUAAGUUUUUUUCUAAAUGCAAGCUUGCAAAGAACUACUGACGUGGACCCCUACUGACCCCAAACGAUGCUGGAGCCCGCACACUUCAGGUUUGCUUUCUACAUUGACCAACCCC